AUGACUUCCACAUGUUCUGUUUUUUUGCAGAAACACUCUUGGCCGCAUCAGCAUUCUCUAUCUCCACUCUGUGAUCAUGAAAAAGUAGAAAUCAAAUGUGAACCCGAUCAUUUGAGAAUACCCAAUGAUGGUACUGAUGUCUGGGAAAUUGAUCCUAAACUUCAGAAAUUUGACCACAAAGUUGCAUCGGGGUCAUAUGGCGAUUUAUACAAAGGUACAUACUCUGGCCAGGUAGUAGCAAUCAAAAUUCUCAAGGCAGAGCGUUUGAAUACCGAACUGCGGGAGGAGUUUGCCCAAGAAGUAUAUAUAAUGAGAAAAGUUCGGCACAAAAAUGUUGUCCAGUUCAUAGGGGCGUGCACCAAACCCUUGAACUUGUGCAUAGUCACAGAAUUUAUGUCUGGAGGAAGUGUUUAUGACUAUUUACACAAGCGAAAGUGUACCUUUGGGCUUCAAUCUUUACUCAAAGUAGCAAUUGACGUAUCAAAGGGAAUGAACUAUUUGCAUCAGAAUAAUAUAAUACACAGGGACUUGAAGGCUGCCAAUCUUUUGAUGGAUGAAAAUGAAGUUGUUAAAGUGGCUGAUUUUGGGGUGGCCAGAGUGAAAGCACAAACUGGUGUGAUGACUGCUGAAACUGGGACAUAUCGGUGGAUGGCUCCUGAGGUCAUAGAACAUAAAACCUAUGAUCAUAAGGCGGAUGUUUUCAGUUUUGGGGUUGUUUUGUGGGAAUUGCUGACGGGAAAGCUUCCAUAUGAGUACUUAACUCCUUUACAAGCGGCAGUUGGAGUGGUGCAAAAGGUAAAGCAUCUUAGUCUAAAAUGUAGUCUGGUUAUUUGA